CUUCCGACGCCUGAACCUGCGGUGUGCUUCUCGAGGUUGGCGUGUACGUGCCAGACGUCAGAUGAGGGUGGCCGAGGGACACUUCCUCGCGCCGACUGCACGCCAACGAGGCAUUCACUCUCGGGAGCUUGAGAAGAAAGGUGUUUAAAGCUAAACGGUGAUAAAACAUGGCGUUGCGAGGAACACUGGCCAGACUGCCUCCUCUGAGGUCUUCACUUGUGACCACAAGUCCAAGAAUCGUGGCGGUUCCUGCCAGGCAUACCCACAGCACGGAAGACAGGCUCCAGGUAGCCCCUGCUGCUGGGGCGGCUGUGUGUAGCAGCGCCAUUCCUGUUGGAAAAUUGGGACUGAGAGAUCACCAUAUCAACAGACUGGAGAAGUAUUUGCUGGUUUGGGGAGGGAAGUACAACAGCAUCGCAGAUGUCCCUGACUUGGUGAGCCAAGACACCCUGGAACGCGCUCGUAACAAGGCAAGAAUCAAGAUCAACAUCUGGAUGGGUGUCGCCACCCUGCUCGGCUGCGUGUACAUGAUCUGGUCGGGCAAGAAGGCUCACCGGGAGGGCCAGUCUCUCCUGGUCAUGAACGCGGAGUGGCACAGGAGGGUGAACGAGGAGGCGAGGCUGGCCAAGGCGAGAAAGGAUUGUCUGGGGGACAUGGCAGAGCUGUAGGGAGGGAAUUUCUACGUACUGAGUGACGCCGGUGUGUUUUUAGCUGGAGGGAUUGUUAAACCUAUUUCCCUUUUUGUGUUUCUUGAAAGGCUAAGUGAAGGAGUGGAGGAUAUGGCUCCGGUGUCAGGGAGAGGCAGAAAGGAAAAGAAACAGCGUGUUUUCGUGGUACGUUCUUCAGAUAACACUUUUCAGUGAUGGGGAAAGGUGUUUAUUUCUUGAACCGUCUGAGAUUUUAUAGAUAGCAUUUGAACCAUGCUUCGCAUCAUAUGACAUAACCAAUGGCAAAACUAGGUUUGUACAUAGUUUAAUGAGGGUUUUUUAUGAUAACUGGAUAUUGACUGGAACAAUGUCUGUAGAGAAUGUCCACAGUCAAGGUACCACUAACCUCGUUACAACAGUGACAUUCCAUACCAAUCCCCCGCGAGAUGUACUGUGAUGAACAGGCCAUUCUAGAAGGCAGAGGUCAUGCUUUUCGGUGCAGGAAAGUGUGAGGGCUUAUAAUUGGACUCCAGAUAGGCUAUGUGUGCCCAUGUCUGCCCCUCAAUCGCCCAUUUACUGCAACCCAUUCACUUCCGAACGGCUGCUCUAGAUGUUGGUUCUCACACUUCAGUCCAUGGUGGGAAUCUUCGCAUUAGUGGCGGACUGCAGCUUAGACGCAGGGAAAGUGUGCAGUCGUCUGUUGAUUAUCGCUUGCAAAUGGGUUCUUUCUAGAUGACACUUGUUUAGCAUCUCAGUCUUUCUGACUCCCAGCUGGAUCCAUCUUCCUCCUCCAUUGUCUUUGAGAAAUUAACAAUCUGUUAUGUACUAUUUUAUUUAAACAGCAGUGAAGGCAUUAAUGUGUGUAUGCCCCUAUCAACAGGCUGUGAAAGAGCAGUUUUUUGGAAAUUGUUACCCAAAAAAGAAGAGAAAAAACAUAAUAUCUGUACAAGAUUUGACAUUGAGCGUGACUGAUACAAGUUCGUGAUAUUUCAUUUCACUUCUUAAACCAUUAUUUCUUUGUUCGUGAAUCAGUGGUUUUCCUGCGCUGGGCAGUCUUCCGCACAAUUAGCAAAAUAGUGUACACAGAAAUUACACAGAAGGUAUUUUUCUUAGUACUGCCCAGCUAUUUUGUACAGAACAUACCUUAUGGGUAUAAUAAAAGUGAUAAUAUUUUGCUGUCCAAAAGUUAAGGAACAAUAAAUACAAGGGUAUAGUUAUAGCAUUUAUGUACUUUUUAUGAUUUUAAUUCAGUAUCAGUGAUUCUUGGAAAAUAUUGGGAUAAUAUUUCACCCAAUGUAAGAGAAGCCAGUUUGAAAAUAUACAGCUUUUUAGUAGAUACUAGACAGGCUUUUCCAUGUUAUAACUUAAUAUGUGAGCUUUAAUUUACAAUAUAUAUUUUUUUAUAUUGUAGAUUUACAUUAUAACAUGUAUCACCUUAGGGUGUAUCUGAUGACAAUAAUCCAUAGUCAAUUUAUAAGUAUAAUAAACAUUCUUUUUAACAUGUGUUUUGAUCAAGAUAUUCAUUUUUACUGGAAUAUGUUUACGUGAUGACUACAAAUAUAUCUGUAAGUGAGACUUUA